GUUUUGACAGCGAACACAAAAAGGACAUGUAGCCCAGCCUUCUGAAAAGAUACUUAGCUACUUAGCUGGCUAAUUAGCUACCUCGUUAAGCAUCAGAGUUCAUUGUCCUCAUAAAUCAUUUGGUUUCAUUUAACCUAACAUACAGCCUAUAUGUAGCUAAUUACUCAUUUCAAUGGCGUUCAAUGGCCACCAACGCGACGACGAUGACAUUAUUGACGAAGACGAAACGCCCUCGAAGCAGCCGCGGUCCGAAAAGGAGAUGCCCGGUUAUUUACGAAACGAGCCCAACAAUGAGACUGCCACUACCGCAGGAAGAGCCACAUCCGAGCGGCGGACUUCCCACUCGGCGCCGAGGCAGCGGCACGACUCUGUGAAGAAAACGAGGCCGCCAUUCCCCUGGUUUGGGAUGGACAUCGGAGGCACUCUGGUGAAGCUUGUGUACUUCGAGCCCAAAGACAUCACAGCAGAGGAGGAGCAGGAAGAGGUGGAGAAUCUGAAGAGCAUCCGGCGCUACCUAACCUCCAACACCGCCUAUGGUAAAACUGGCAUCAGGGACGUUCACCUGGAACUGCAGGACCUGACGCUGUGCGGCAGGAAGGGCAACCUGCACUUUAUUCGCUUCCCCACGCACGACCUCCCGGCCUUCCUGCAGAUGGGUCGCAACAAGCACUUCUCCAGCCUUCACACCACCCUCUGUGCCACCGGAGGGGGGGCAUACAAGUUUGAGUCUGAUUUCCGUAUGAUGGCUGACCUGGAGCUUCACAAGCUGGAUGAGCUGGACUGUUUGAUUCGGGGGGUGCUGUACCUCGACUCGGUGAUGUCUAGCGGCCCAUCAGAGUGCUACUACUUUGAAAAUCCUGCAGACCCAGACCACUGCAUCCAGAAGCCCUGUACACUGGAGAAUCCUUAUCCUCUGCUGCUGGUCAACAUUGGGUCUGGGGUCAGUAUCCUGGCAGUCUACUCUGAGAACAACUACAAACGAGUCACUGGGACCAGCCUCGGUGGUGGGACCUUUCUUGGCCUGUGUUGCCUGCUGACCGGCUGCUCUACGUUUGAGGAAGCCUUAGAGAUGGCUUCUCAGGGGGAGAGCGUCCGUGUGGACAAGCUGGUUAGAGACAUCUACGGAGGAGACUACGAGCGGUUCGGGCUGCCGGGCUGGGCUGUGGCCUCAAGUUUCGGCAACAUGAUGUUUAAAGAAAAGAGAGAGUCUGUUUCUAAAGAGGACCUGGCCAGGGCGACGCUGGUCACCAUCACUAAUAACAUCGGCUCUAUCACCAGAAUGUGCGCUCUCAAUGAGAACAUCGAGAGAGUGUUGUUUGUUGGGAACUUCCUAAGAGUGAACACCCUCUCUAUGAAGCUGUUGGCUUAUGCCAUGGAUUACUGGUCCAAAGGUCAGCUCAAGGCACUCUUCCUUCGCCAUGAGGGUUACUUUGGUGCGGUUGGAGCCCUGUUGGAGCUUCUGCAUCCAUCCUAAUUCACCCAAAGAAGUACCUGUCAAUCUGCUGCAAAGACCGUUAGCACUUUAGACUGUUACAAAUCAGUUUCAGGGUGAGAUGUUAUUCCAGUCACCCACCAGUUGCUGGUAAAUCUUUGUAAAGUUUGUUUGUAAAGUGGUAAAAUUCAUUUCUAGGCUUCUCCACACAUCUGCUAUUUUGGUCAGUAGAUGAAAGUCGCUUUCCUGCCAUGAAGUUGUGCACAGCAAAGCUGACAGCUGUUGUGUGCAGGACUCUGCAGAAAUGAGCCACAUUUGGUCUGAAACACCUCAAGGAAAUUCACCAGGGUUGCCUGAAACACUUCUUUUAAAAAGUACUUGUCAGCAGGCAGUCCUGGCUUGUUGACUUUCUUUAGUGGGUAUCAGGUUCUGGGCCAAAUAUUUGCUAUCAUUUUGAACUGUGUAUUUUACCCAAGGACCAGGUGGAUGGAAGUGUCUUGAAUUUUAGAAAAAAAACUUUAAAAUGCUUGACUUAAUUUUCAGACAAAGAUGGCUUGUUUUAAAUGCUUGCUCUGUCUGUAGAACGAUUGAGCCCUUUUACAGUUGUUGAUGGAAACCGCUGCUGGUUAUAAAGGAAGGCUUCAGCUUUACCUUUGGAGUUGGUAAUUUCCCUCUAAAGUGAUUGUGCUCAGUAAUGAGUUCAUAAUGGAUUGAGUUUAGGGGUUAAUGUCAUCAACCAUCCACCUGGUGGUCUUGGUAAGCUUUAACACUGAGAUCAGUUACAACCAUUUACUGUCUUUUUAUUUUGAAGUCUUUUCCUGUAACAUUUCACCGUCACUCGUUUGAUUUGAACUGAGCAUAAAAAUAUUUAACAUCUGCUGCAAACAUUUCAGUCCUUUAAGAACUAUUACUGUUAUAGAUUUUAUAUCACUUUUAAAUGAUUGCUGCCUCAAUGAAGAGUAAUGUAGUACUCUUAAAAUGCUUUUCCCAAUCGAGAUUUCAGUGCUUGUAAAGUCAGCGAACCCUGUUGUUGUAUCAGGAUAUCUGCACCGCUCAAGUGUUCUUGAACCAGUGCGUUCCUCUAUGCGUACAGAGAAUAUUAGCAAUUACAUAGACAAAUAUUAUUGAAUGUGUUUACAGGUAAUAGUUAGGGCAUUAUUCCGCCAUAUUUCCCCAACUUUAUGAAAUGGGCAUUUUAAAGCAGCUGAUUCUCACCAGUGGAGGUGUUGAACCCUGUGAUCGCAAACCAGUUUAGGUUGUUCGUGUUCAGUAAACACUCGAAGUCCCUAAUUGCCCUCAUUUCCUUCUGGAUCAAUAAAGCAUCUAUCUAUUGAAAUAACUACUCGUUCUGACAAUCUUCAUGAGGCUUCUUAAAUCAAUGUUGAAUACUGAACACUAAGAAAACUGAAACACUGAUGUUAUUGUAUCAGAAUUUAAUUCUUAUCCGUCCCAUUUUUAAUGUUUUCUUUUUAGUAAUCAGUCCAUCCAUUGAUUAUGGGACCAUAAUGUUAAUCUACCCAACAAAGAGGUGAUUUUCAGGUGUCAGUAACUAGAGUUGAUGUAUGAGCAAGUUGUACAUACACUAAGCUGACUGUAAAUGAAGUGCCUCGCGUGUUUGUAUAGAAUACAGUAUUCAUCAGUCCAUCCAUCUGUUAACUUCCACUUAUCCGGGGGGGGGUCUGGAACCUGUUCAGUGAUUUUUCAAAUCAAAACUGUGUUUCUCAAGUUUCCUCUGUUUGCUGUACAACAAUGCAAAGAAAACUUUGUACUUUUUUGUAACAGAGUGAUGUCACAUUUCUUAUUGAAUUUCCCUAUUAAAUACCAACUU